CAUAGCCACCACAGGCCACACCCAUAGCCAUAUCCCAACUCCUACUUUCUUGUGUAUCGUGCAUAACAGAACGCAGGGCAGUGAUGAAUCGCCAACCGCUAUGAUGGAGAUUUUUCUAAUUAAUUAUCAUAAACAACCAUUUUUAUUUUGCCACCCCAUUUCCUAUCAAUCGACCCCACGUUAUCAUUCCCAUUUCUCACCUCCUGCGCUGUGUUUUGUCCCACCCAUUUCUCCCAAUUCCCUUUUAGAGGCAACCCCAUUUCGUUUUGAUUAUCUAAUUUUGCUUAUUUUCUUUAAGCACGCAGAACCCAGGGAGAUUUCUGUUUCUGGGCAUUGAUGGGUCGGUGGAAUGACAAACUUGUUGCCUUUAUCAACAAUAGAUGGUUGGUUUUUGUUGCUGCAAUAUGGCUUCAAUCUUGGGCUGGAAUUGGAUAUCUUUUUGGAAGUAUAUCGCCGAUAAUCAAAACCAAUUUGAGUUACAAUCAGAGACAAAUUUCUCGUCUUGGUGUCGCUAAGGAUCUUGGCGAUAGCGUUGGCUUUUUGGCUGCAACGUUAACGGAGAUAUUGCCCUUUUGGGGAAGUCUCUUGGUCGGUGCUAUCCAUAACUUUGUUGGGUAUGGUUGGGUUUGGCUCAUCGUCACUGGUCGAGCUCCCGUUUUGCCUCUCUGGGCUAUGUGCGCUCUUGUAUUUAUUGGAACGAAUGGGGAGACAUACUUCAAUACAGUUUCUUUGGUUUCUUGUGUACAAAACUUCCCGAAAAGCAGAGGCCCUGUGGUCGGGAUUCUGAAAGGCUUUGCUGGUUUAAGUGGUGCUAUUUUGACUCAGACAUAUGCAAUCUUCCAUUCUCCUGAAUCAGCCAAUCUUAUAUUUAUGGUUGCAGUAGGCCCUGCACUGGUGGCUAUUGGUGUGAUGUUUUUUAUCAGACCUGUUGCCGGUCAUCGACAAGUAAGGCCGUCCGAUGGCAUGAGCUUUACUAGUGUUUAUGGUGUCUGCCUCCUUUUGGCUGCAUAUUUGAUGGGAGUCAUGCUUAUUGAGGAUCUUGUUACCUUGAGCCCCAUUGUGAUAACCAUAUUUACUGUGGUUAUGUUUGUCAUCCUUCUUACGCCCUUUUUUAUUCCCGUGUCAUUGACUCUUAGCUCGGAGGCAACAACAUAUGCUGAGCAAGAGGCUCUCUUGCCACCGUCUGAGAAAGAGGAACCUGCUAGAACUGAGCCAGAUGGUAAUGAAGUGAUAUUUAGUGAGGUGGAAGAUGAAAAAUCCGAGGGAGAGGACUUACUUCCUGCAUCAGAGAGACAAAAACGCAUUGCUCAGUUGCAAGCAAAACUAUUGCAAGCAGCCGCAGAAGGAGCAGUAAGAGUCAAGAGGAGGAAGGGUCCACGUCGAGGGGAAGACUUCACUUUGGGUCAAGCUUUAAUCAAAGCAGACUUUUGGCUUAUAUUUUCCUCCCAUCUUCUUGGUUCUGGAACUGGAUUGACCGUGAUCGAUAACCUCGGACAGAUGAGCCAGUCUUUAGGUUACGAUAAUACACAUAUCUUUGUAUCCCUGAUCAGCAUAUGGAACUUUCUCGGCCGUGUGGGUGGUGGAUAUCUAUCUGAGAUUGUUGUGAGAGAUUUUGCUUAUCCAAGACCCAUAGCAAUGACGAUUGCGCAAGUCCUUAUGAUAUUUGGACAUGUCUUCAUCGGUAUGGGAUGGCCCGGGGCAAUGUACAUUGGCACUCUCAUAACGGGGCUCGGGUACGGGGCUCACUGGGCCAUUGUACCUGCUACUGCCUCCGAAUUGUUUGGGUUGAAAAAGUUUGGCGCUUUGUACAACUUCAUCACUCUCUCAACUCCUAUGGGAUCUUUGGUAUUUUCUGGCUUAAUCGCGAGCAGUAUAUAUGAUAGUGAAGCCGAGAAGCAAGCUCGUAAUCAUCUCACACAGUUCCAAAGCUCCUCGUCAUUUUGGUUCACCAGACUUUACACAGAGGGACCGCACAAGUGCGAGGGCGCCAUAUGCUUCUUUUUAACUUGUAUGAUAAUGGGUGGAUUCUGCGCGAUUGCAGCGAUAUUAAGUUUAAUUUUGGUGCACCGGACAAAGGGUGUUUACCACAACCUCUAUGGAAAAUCUCGUACAUCAACACUUUCAUAGAGUGGUUUCAAGUCUCAUAUCAAUUGUGCUACCGUUUUGCGUGUUCGUUAUUUAGAGAUCGAGUUGAAUUUUUUGCUCGGAUGAUGGACUUUGAAAGAAGCAUUUUCCAAGAGCCAAGGACUCGAAAUCGACUUGCUUUCACUGUUACAAUUCACCCUUUUUUGGUAUGAAGAAGCUUUUUUGCCUGUGUGUUGGAGAAUGAAGUUGGGUGGAAGAAGAUCAUACAUACACCUUCAUGUCCAAUCUUCCACCGGAAAGAAAAAAAUUGUAUGAAAUAUAAUUGUUGUGAAAUAUUUGAUAUUUAAGAUUCACCAUUAUUGAUCAUUGAAUAAAAAGAAAAUGUAUGCUAUUUAUUUAUUUUAUUUUA